AUGUUUCUCUCUGAUUUCAUUCAUUGUGUCUUUUUGUCUCUGUCCAGAUUUGGCAAGAAAAAAGAUGAGAAGAAGGAUGCAAAAGCAGCUCUACAGCGACAGAAGUCAGAUGUCCUGAGUGAUCAUGAGUUCGAGAGGAUGAAAGACGAGAGAGAAAGGAUCGAGGCGGGGCAUCCUGAGUUGAGGCCCAGAGACCAGCAAGUUGGCGGGACAUCCUAUCCAGAAUUUGAAGAUGAUGACGCAGACCCCAACUACGCCCGAAUACAGACCUUCAGGGACCGUGAUACGGCUCCGUUGCCGCAGCCACCAUCUCAGUCACCUCCCUACAGUACCAUUCAGCAGGCCCAUGCUGCCAACCCUCCCCCCCAAGGCCCUCCUGUCUUCCCAGGACAUGCAAAUCACGUUAACGACCCUGGAGCCAUCCCUGACGACGACCCCCUCGAUAGGCUGUACGCCAAAGUCAAUAAACCGAGGGGAGCUGGAACUACAUCUCCUCCUGUCUCUGCUACUGCCAACGACAGGUAA